AUGAACGUGUUGAUGGCUUCCCUAGUCGUGGUGAUGUGUCUGAUGGUGUACAUGAACGUUUUCAUGCUGGGCAUGAACCAAGACGAAUCCAACUCGGCGCACCUGAAGAAGUUGUCUCAAAACUUCAGAAAGGCGGAGGCAGUCGAGGCAGCGAAUAACCCGAACAAGGACCCGCUCAAUCGGCGCAUCGUCGUUUUGAUCGCCAACUACCGCGACUCAAAGCGAUGUGGGGAAACUGUGGAGUCGAUUUACUCCAAAGCGUCCCGUCCAGAUCUCAUUUCCGUGAGUAUUUUCGACCAGCUCAACUUUGAAGAAGGCGAACAACGGUGCUUUGACGUGUACUGCACCCUCGUUGGGGAAAAAGAAUGCCGUCGUAGCGAACGCCUUCGUCGCAAUGACACCAUCAGCUACAAGGACGCAAAAGGACCCACGUACGGGAGGUACCAGACGGAAGAAGGUGUGGACUUGAAAGUCGACACGUUUGCCAUGGCGAUCGAUUCCCAUUUGAUCUUCAUUCCGAACUGGGACACGGACUUGGUGUCGCAGUGGGACUCGAUCAAGAACCCGAAAGCCAUCAUCACGGUGUACCCUGACACGACCGAGCUGUACCCCAAGCCUGGUGACGUCCAGCAAGUUGUGACAAUGAUGUGCCAUGCUCGCAUCGAAAGUGACACAGACGACGCAAUGGUACAGAUUCAACUUUGGUACUGCUGA